AUGUCUCUCUCUCUUCCCUCUUUCGAUUCUAGUCCAUCCGUCCCGACUCCAAAGGCGAGCAUUUUUUUAUGAAUUCAGUUGAAAAAAUAUAUGAUGAGCACGAAAACAAUGAACACUUUUUUUUAAAAAUUUUUCUAUGAUUGGAUUUGACCUCGAGUUUCCCUACCAAAAAGCGUAUAAUAGUCAAAUACCGGAUUUUUUUUUUCAACGUGCGUGAAAAAGAUUUACAAUAAUUUGCGUGAAAUGACUUUUUCUGGACAUCAUGAACGUUUCUCAAAAUAUUCAUUGCGAAAAUUAUCUUCAGCUCGAGCGGACGCCGCAGAGUCCGCAUACUCAAUACUCGAAAAAGUUGAUUCUGUUUGCGAUUUUGGCGAUUUCGUUCUCUGUGAUCCUCACCAGCAUCAUCACCUGCAUCUUCACCUACCAUAUCACCUUGAAUUUGACGAGUUCUAUGGGUGCCAGCAAAACUGGGUACUAAUUACUUGUUUAGAAACAUGAUUUAGGCUAAUUUUGCAUUCAAAAAGUUUUUUUUAAUGUUUAAUUAGCAAAUUUCGAGGUAGCUUGUCAAGUUUGAUUCACCCGAUCCGUAUAUUAAGGAACGAAACAGAUCUUCAGACAGGUUUUCGGUGCCUCAAAACGAAAAUGCGAUUACUUUUAUGAUGUAUUCCUUUGAAAUCGAAUGGAAUAAAACUUGAAGUUGAAAUAAACAGCGAUUUUACACAGGAAAAAAUAUUGCAUGCUUUUCUUCCAUAUGUUUAACUUUUAGCGAUACCAACAAUCCCGUUGAAGGUGGUGGAAAACCUGGAGCCACACAAAAGCCAGAAACCGAAAAACCAGCCGAGCCUGAAAAACAGCCUAAACCACCGAAACCCGAGAAAAAACCGAAACCGGGGAAAAAACCUAAACCCGGAAAAAAGCCUAAGCCCGAAAAACCUAAGGAUCCCACUUCAGAAGUUUCGGCUAAAGAUUUGCGACUUCCACACAGCAUUCUCCCAGGUAAUACACUGAAUUAAUUUAAAACAUCAAUCUAAAAUUGAAAUUUCCUUCUGAAGUUAAAGCUGAAAAGACGAACAAAAAGUUUGUCUUUAUAGUUCACUACGAUUUGACGAUCAAAACCAACAUCCCGGGCUACCCGGGCGUGCCCGAGGACAAGAAGUUGAGCUACGAUGGUCAGGUUACAAUGCGGCUGAAGGUGAAAGAGCGAGUGAGCAAGAUAACUCUCAAUUCUGUCGGGUUCAACUUCACAACGGCUGAGUGUUCUGUAACUUCUGUGAGUUCUUCAGAGACCCAGAAAUAUUCUAGGUCUCAUAUUUUUAGAAAGGAAAGAAUAUUCCAAUUUCUUCGAUCGAAAACGCAGUAAAGCUCGAGAUGAUUUACAUCAACUUGGGUGAACCGCUCGAAGAAAAUCAAGAAGCUGAGCUCAAGGUUAGAUGAAACUUUGAUUUUAGAAAAAAAAAAAAUGAAAAUUGAAAAAAGGAUCGAUAACAAAGCAGAGAAAACUAAAGAGGUGCCUGAUGAACAGAACAAUCUUAUUGUCUGGCGUUUCUUUGGCUCGUUAGAACUUUCUCGCUCCAAACUCAUUCAAAUUCGCUUCGCGUCGUUAACUCGAGAAUUGAAAAUCUCAAAAUGCAAAUGUAAUUAAACAAAGGCAUCCCCUCUUCAGCUCGUUUUUUCCAAUCCCUAUCGAGAAGAUCUUGUUGGACUUUACUACAGUGUUUACACCGAGAAUGGAAAAAUGAAGUUCGCCUGUACCAUGUAUGGAAAUUAUAUUGAUUUUUUUGAAGGUACGCAAUUACCACUCAAAUGGAGCCUUCUGACGCCCGGAAAAUGGUUCCAUGCUAUGAUGAGCCCGAUUUGAAGGUUUGUCGGCCUUCAUAGGGAUUUGAGAAGGAAUGAGCACAAAUGGGACAGGGGGUCAAUGUCAAAAGAGCUGUGAAAAUUAAGCUAAAAAGCGUGCUGAAAAAAAAGCCAGCCUUUGGCAAAUUUGAGUUUCAGGCCAAUUGGACUGUCACAAUUAUCCAUCCGACUGGCACCAAAGCUAUUUCGAACGGAAUUGAACAAGGCGAUACGAUGUGAGCAUUUAUUUAUACGAUACGCCAGAUCAGAAGUUUAGGAAUUUCUAGAAAAUUAAUUUCCUCUUUAAAAGGAAAUUAAAAAUGCAUCAACGUGAUAAGUCACUUUAGAGUUGACAAGAACUUCACCUCGACCAAGUUCAAGACGACGCCGAAGAUGUCGUCCUACUUGCUCGCUCUUUUCGUCUCCGAGUUCGAUUACGUCGAGAAAAAGACGAAAAAUGGAGUCAGGGUCAGUCCCGACCUCCCAAACCCUCCCAACUUCUCAAUGGGCUUCAGUUCCGGAUUUAUGCGCGUCCCGAAGCGAAACACCAGCUACAGUACGCCCUGAACGCCGGCGUCAAGUGCACCGAGUACUACGAAGAGUACUACGGAAUCAAGUUUCCGCUCGAGAAACAGGACAUGAUUGCCGUUCCUGAUUUUGUGACUGGAGCCAUGGAGAACUGGGGAAUGAUUGCUUACAGGUAUAGUCAGGUACACGGCUCACUUGGAACGCUAAGGCGGUGGCUUGUCUGUGAUUUCCUGAACCAGACACUAUCUCUUUUAUUAUGGUGUCAGGACCAUUUUUGCGAUGGCUCAAACCAUAUGUCUUUCUAUGCGGGAUGACAGUCGUGCAUAUCUCAACUUGCACAAAUUAAUGUUUUUAAGAGCAGAAAAAUGGAUCUUCUGGUCAUUUCACGGGUAAAUCCGAAAGUAAAAAUACUUCCUUGUUUUUUUGUGAUUUUCCGACAAACAAAAAACUCAUUCUAGAGAAACUGCACUGCUCUACGAUGAAAAUAUCUACACUUCUCAAGCCAAACGUCGUGUUGCUGUAGUGAUCGCUCAUGAACUCGCCCAUCAGGUCGGUCAUCUACUAUCCAAAUUCGUUUAAAAACAUGAUUAUCAGUGGUUCGGAAAUCUGGUCACGAUGAAAUGGUGGAACGAUUUGUGGCUAAAUGAAGGUUUUGCGACCCUCGUCGAACACAGGGGGACUGACGUAAUCAGUGACGGAAACUUCCGAAUGGUGAGAACAUAAUCGAUAAUGUGAAAGAGAUUUUUCCGUUCAGACCGAAGAAUUUGUAAAUGUUGCUCUAUCUGAGUCGUUGUCUUAUGAUUCCAGAGCGAUGAGCCAUCCUCUUUCUUUCAAAAUCACCAAAGCGGUUGAAGCCAGCAAAGCUUUCGACAUGAUCUCUUAUUCGAAAGUAAGAAACAUUUCCAAGGGAUUUUAUCUUCUUGCUUUCCCUGCCCACCACUCGAAGAAAUUAUUUUCCAGGGUGGUUCUGUGCUUCGGAUGCUGAGACAAGUUAUCGGAGAGAAAAACUUCCAGAAGGGACUUCAGGUAGACUUUUACAUGAAAUAUAAUUCGAUUUUCAUUCUCAGCAUUACCUCAACCUGCACAAGUACAGUAACGCCAAGGCCGCAGACUUGUUCAAAGCUCUGAACAAAAAAACGCCAGAAUCAAUAAUCGGACCCAACGGUGGGAAACUGGAUGUCAUCAACUUUGCCGAGCAGUGGACCACUCAGGUUUCAACACAAAAUAAUUUUCAAAUAGUUCAUUUCGACAAUUUUUAGCUUGGCUACCCGCUUCUGACAGUGACUCGUGAAGAUGAGAACACCAUUAAAGUGACCCAAGAACGGUUCAAAUAUGAUAAAGACGCUUUGGAGAAGCGGAAAUACAGAAAUCCCAAAUAUGGGUACCUCAAUGAUCACGUCCUCUUUUUCUAAAUAUCUUCGAUUCAGUUUCAAAUGGGACGUUCCGGUGUGGUACCAGGAAGCCGGAGACAAGACGAUCAAGUUUGCUUGGCUCAAACGCGGUAUCUCUCGUUCAUUCUUGUUUUAAAGAUAGGAAAGUUCAGACGAGCCGCUCUUCUUGAAAACCAAGUCGGCGGUUGUUCUGAACGCCGACUCUUUCGGUUUCUACCGUGUCAACUACGAAAAUGCCGAGUGGAAGAAGAUUGGGGCUCUGUUGGUCAAAGAUCAUGAAGUUUGCAAGAAAAGCUCGCUCUGAAGAAAAAGCUUUGCAACUUCAGAAGUUCUCGGCAAAGACCCGAGUCCGCCUGAUCGAAGACAUCUUCAUCUGCGCCCAAGUCGAUCUGGUCGAGUACGAACUCGCGAUUGACUUCAUCCAGUAUAUCACCGAGGAGAAGGUUGAUCCAAAUUUUAAGUCCAUCGGGAAAUAGUUCAAACUUUCUAGGAAUACUAUCCCUGGAGCACUGUCCUUUCUCAGAUUGGUGAAAUUAUUGCAAAGUAUAAAAGUGAUCCCGAAGUUGAGCCGAUCAAAGUUUGUUUCUGUCGUUCCCAUAUUCCAGUUUCAUUCUUUCAGAAAUACCUUGCCAAAAUUUUGUCGAAGAACUACGCAACCAGCAGCUUUGAUUACAUGGCGAAGAACUACAAAAACGACCAGAAGUUCUUCGAUGUGUUCGUUUUAUUGUCGCUCCUGAAAAGUCAUAUGCUCUUUAUCUUGGUCCUAGAAACCCCAAAGCCCAAAAAUGUCUACUUUUUCGGCUCUAACAUCAUUCCUGCGACUCAAUCUACUAAGGAUCUUGGUGUAAUUAUCGAUGAAAAAUUGUCUUUUUCUAACCAUAUUCAUAAAGUCUCCGCUUUAGCCCUUCUGAGAUCCAAACAACUGUUAAAUUCUUUUCGUUUUCUCUCACCGUCCUUAUAUUUUAAACUUUAUAAUUGCUAUGUUCGUCCAAUUUUAGAAUACUGUUCUGAGGUUUUCAACCCUCCUCUAAACUCUGAUCUAUCUUAUAAACUAGAAAGUUCCUUACGUUUCUUCUCUCGAGAAGUUUUUAUUAGAUGCAAUCUUAGCUUCACUUCAUACCAAGACAGAUUAACUCAAGUCAAUGUUCUUCCGCUUUUUCAACGUCGUCUUCUUCUUGAUAUUUUUCUCUCCAUAAAAAUUUUUUUUUAAAAAUUGAUCAUUUUCCAUCAAUUGACAACUUUAUUUCCUUCUCUCGGCUAGGUAGACAUCCACUUCGGUUACAAACUAGGGGUUCAUUAUCAGAUAACUUCUUUUCGCGUCAUAUAACUCUUUGGAACAUAUUAAUAACCAAAUUAAAUUUUUCGUGCCACCCCAAAACUUUAAAAGAUAAAUUAUCUAGGAUAGCUGUUAGCGAACUUAUUAUCAACUUGAAAACCAAGUCGGCCCCAAUCGUCUUUUUAUAGUUUAUCAUUUUUUUGUUCUUCUCUUUUGCGAACGGUCGCCAUGCUGCUCGUUAGGGCACCAUAUGACCUUCUUAGCUUUGUUGUCUGUCCAAUGUUAUAUUAUUUCCUUUCUAUCUGUAUCUUAAUUAUUUGCGUUGUUCUGACAAUAAAGAAAUAAAUUGUCCUAGGAGAUCGAUUUCUGGUUUUUUUUAGGUUACUUAUGUCGGAGGUCAUGGCGACUGAAUGCAGACUUGACGACGAAGAUUGUGUCAAAAAAGCCUCGGAUCUUUAUACCGACCACGUUGAGCCGAAUUGCAAGGGAAUCGACCAAAAAUCUUCCACCUGCAACAAGUCACUUAUAUUUCUUUUUCAACCAUGAUGAGACCUCCUAUUUGAGAAAGUUUCAAAUAAGCUCGCUGUAGUAAACAAUUUCAUACUGUUAAUGGAAAUUUCGUCAAGGCAAAAAGUUAUUGUUACAUGUGUAACCGAAAUUACGGGGAGUUUGAUAUUUUACAUGAAUUCUCGUCUUCAGACUCGCGGCCCCACUACGAUUACACGCCUACUGUUAUGGAGUCAAAAAAGGCGGUAUCAAGGUUUUCAACAAGGUCUGAGAAGGAAAACGGGCAAGAGAAAAUGGGGUUUUUCUAGGUUUUCGAAUGGUACCGAAAUGAAAAUGUCCAGCGAGAAAAGGAGAAUUUGCUCAGUGGCAUGGCCUGCUUGGACGAUAUUCCUACCUUGAAAAAGUUGGACUUACGAAUUGUUUUUUUCGAAUUUAAAAAGGAGAGUCAUCGGAUAACAUUUACAAAUAGAUGCGAUGGGAAAAUUCAAGCGAUUAUGAAAUAAAAAAUGAGGUUCCUUUCUUUUAUACAGCCAACUUGAAGCUGUACGCAUUGGAAAUUCGAAAGAUUUCGAUUCAAACAAUAUCUAUUGUUAUGAACCCUCUCAUCAGCAAGACGCAACAAAAAGUAGCUAAAAAAAAUAGCAAACUUUUUCUCAGAAUCCUUCUCAAUGCGAUGGACAACGAAAAAAGCGAUUUCCGAAUUCAAGAUCUUUCUUCUGUAUUUGCGACCGUCGGUGGCAACAAACUCAGCUCAGAGUUUUUCCUCAACUUUUUGAUCACCCGCUGGGACGAUCUUCAAGUCCGGUGAGGCUCCCUCAAUCGCCUUAAUAAUAAUAAUAAUAAUAAUAGUUUAUUCACUGCCAUAAAAAAAAACAUUAGGUAGCCUUCGAGUAUUCUCUUCAAUUUUUCAGUUUGAAAAAAGAUAUGAAGGGAUUCCGUCGCAUUAUAAAAGCUCUUACAAAAGGUAUCGAUACUCCUUCGGAACUUGCUCAGGUAAGAAAAAUCGGAAGUUUCUUCAAUGAGGUUUUCCAGCUGAAAAGCUUCCUCAAAACGACGCCGUCGGCUAAGAAAGUUAGCGUUUUCGGCGGGAUCCUGAAGAGCCUUACGAUGAAAAUUGCCUGGCGCCAGAAAAACCUCAAGAAACUCUCCGACCACUUCGCCCAGCUCCUUCAGAAGUCUCCGUGA